AGAGUAAAAUCUAUGGAGGAAUGAGCUGUUGCAAUUUCUUUGCGCCUCUGAAUUCUGACAGCUGUGAUUGGCUGCAAGUGAAGCUCCUGUUCCCCGCCCCAGCCAAAACUAUCUGAGCGAGCUUUCGUUCUGAGCAAUACCGUACUCUGUGUGCACAGUGUACUUAGCAUGGAGACUUCCAAAAAGCCAGUUCUUUACACUUAUUUCAGAAGCUCCUGCUCCUGGAGAGUGCGAAUCGCAUUGGCUCUUAAGGGAAUUGCCUAUGAACAAGCAUCCAUAAAUCUUAUAAAGGAUGGAGGGCAGCAGAUGACUUCAGACUUUCAAGCAGUGAAUCCAAUGCAGCAAGUCCCUGCCAUCAAAAUCGAUGGCAUCAUUCUCUCCCAAUCUCUAGCCAUCAUAGAGUAUUUGGAGGACACCCGGCCACUCCCACGGCUCCUUCCUCAGGAUCCAAAGAAGAGAGCUAUGGUUCGGAUGAUCUCAAAUCAUGUUGCUUCUGGAAUUCAACCACUGCAGAAUCUGGCUGUCCUGCAGCAGAUGGGAGAGAAAAAGCUAGAUUGGGCCCAACGCAUCAUUUCUCAAGGCUUCAAAGCUUUGGAACAGAUCCUGCAAGAAACAGCUGGCUGCUACUGUGUUGGGGAUGAGGUGACCAUGGCAGACCUUUGCUUGGUCCCCCAAGUAUACAAUGCUGAGAGAUUUAAAAUGGAUCUGACUCCAUACCCCACAAUAAGCAGAAUCAACAGAGCUCUCCUAGAAUUGGAAGCAUUUCAAAGCAGCCAUCCUUCCCAGCAGCCAGAUACACCUCCAGAACUAAGAUCCUAAAGUUCUUCAACUGCUUGUUUUACUGUGAGAGAAAUUGAUCCAAAAUUAAAUGGGACUCUCCUUUUUAAGAUUUUCUGGGAAAAAAAACUUGAGGGUUUCAUGUGGAAGAGUUUGGCAAAUCUAAGACUUAAAAAAAAAGAAAAAAGACACUGCAAUUGUAGAGUAUAUCGCUGGAGUAAAAUACAUUUUUGAUCAUGUGUGACAAUUGUAAUGCAAUCAUGAAGCAGAUCAAAAGAUAAGAGUUUGUGGGUGUUUUCUUGUGACGUUCAAAAAAACAGCAUUGCUUUGUGUAAAUAGCAAACGUAUUAAUCUAUAAUUAGACCAUAUACAAAGUUAAAGAACUUGAAAAAGUUCUAGAUACUGGCAAGCAAAUAGUGAUUGGGCCUGAAAAAGAACAGUCACAUGUCAAAUGGUUGCCAGCUUUUAGUCUAAUAGCAUGUUGUUCAAUGCAUAUCUCCUUUUUAGUGUUACUAAGGACUGUUUAAGAACUUCCACAACAGCUUUUAUGUGCUACCUAAGCAGCAGCAAACUGUAUCACUACUUUUUUUUGCAAAAUUUGAUGAUGCAGUUGGAAUUGCUUUAGAGCUAUAAGUUGCCCGUUCAUUAGCCAGCAUAUACCAGCAUUUCAGAAAUAUUGAAAGUUAGGGAACUUUUAACUUCUUCCUUUAGUAUAGUAAGUUGUAACAACAGAAAUUCAUGCAAUAAAUUGGCAGCAGCUAGAAGUUUUCUAAUCCUCACAGGGAUUGUAUAUUUUCUAGGAAAAAAAGCACACAGAUUUCUAAAGAGCUAUGCACCGCAAACAAAAUCCUAUGAUCUGCAAAAGGCAUAUAGAAGCUUCAAAAUGAUUGUUUCUAAGAUGUUGAGAAGAUAUUUGUCUUCAUACCAAUGGCCAAGAUGUAUAUAUUCAGGUUCAAAUACUUACGCUUGCUUUAUUAGAUUUGGCAAAAUAUAAACAACUUUUAUCUGAGGCAUGAAGAAAAAAGAUAAACAAAAUGGGUUAGGAGGAGGAGAGAACAGGAACAAACCAAAUGUAUAAAAACACAUUGGGAAAUCCAGACCAAUAUAUUUCACAGCAAUAUUAAAAUAUCAUUGAUCCAUCUUUCCACAGAAGCAGUAAGCCUUCUCCAAAAUACUUAUUUUGGUGGUGCUCCCUCUCCUUCUUUGCCCUCUCAACUGCUGACAAGCUAAAAUGUGAAGAUGCUGAGCUACUGAAUUCAGCUAAGACAUUAACUGCCAUCACAGAUAAAGCUGUAGGGGUUAAAAACAGAAAUAGCUGGGAUAAUGACAGCGAAGUGAGCAGUGUCCACCUCCCUCACACCUAUCCAUGUUAAAAAUAAAGGC